UAGCAUAGUAUAUCUACCAUUUUCUGGAGACAAGUUCGAGUACAUCAAGGAGUUCAGCAAUAUAUCCAGGCCUUGUCAGCAACAUGUCUUUCUUCUCAAGAUUCAGCACGCCAGUCUUCAAAAACACCGGAUCGACCGCUCGCGAUCAUCUGGCAUCUGAACGAACCUAUCUCGCCUGGAUGCGCACCGGUCUCGGCUUUCUCGCUCUCGGAAUCGGUGUGGAAAGAUUCAACCAACUCGACCUUGCCGAGAUCCUACCGACCAAGUACAAGAAGCGUUUCCAUCAAGACAAGACUCACAAUGACAAGUCGGAUGCACUUGUAGGUGCUUUGCUGGGUAGCGGAGCUGGAAGUAUUGCGUAUGGAACCACUAGGUAUUUUUCGAAUAUGCGCUUGUUGGAGCAGGGGCUGUUCAAGCCUGCUUUUCAUGGUGCUGCGUUUCUUGCUGUAGGGGUUGCUGGUAUUGCUGGUGCUGUUUAUUGGUCUACGGUCAGGGAAAGGAAGGCGAACAGGGAGGACGAACAACACGCAUCUUAGUCGUGCUUGAUCCCGGACGGCCGAAUUGAGCUAGAGCGAUCGAAGCAGAAGACCGUGUUACGGGGUUCGUGUUGCGGAUGUCUUGUGACGACACAUGAAAGGCAUACCGGAGUGAAGUAUUGAGACGUGAUACUCCGCAUGGUCUCUUUCGACACAACAUC